UUCAGGAGAUAGGGAUGUUGAUUGGUUGAUAACUUGAUUGUGAGGACGUUGCUAUAGAGAAAAUAAUGGGAGCUACAGUAACGUUUCUCUUUCUACUCAUAUCACUGAGCAGAAAGCUGUAAGUUCAAGCAUCACUUCUAGUACUUCAGCAUAAAAUUUAGGUUAACACUCUAGUAUUGUAGAAAGGGAGCAUUGCGCUGUAGGAGCUUUUGCCUCUCAGAUGGAACAUUAAUCUGAUGCUUCAUCUGCCCUUUCAAAUGGAUAGAAAAGGCCUCAUUACACUGUACAAAGAGCUACACGUUAUGUUCUCUAUGGGAACUUGGUCAACAUUUAUUCUUAUCAGCACCUUAACAAUGAAUGGAAGUGUUACACAAUCACAUGAGAAAUCCAGGGCAAGACCUAUCUCAAGUUGGGAACAAAUCACUGCUAGUUUCUGGAUAUUGAACUGAGAUUCUCACCAGUCAAUGGAGACUUCUCUAUUAAAAGGGAUUAUUGCUUGUUAAUGACUUUAUUAACUGUAGAGCUUCACAGUAAUGUACAGCUUUUUAUUGCAAAUGGACACCAACAUCACCAAAUAACACAUGUUCAGUGCUGUUCACUGAGCCACAUAGUGAAUCAUUAUAUGCCACGUCAAUGAAUAUGUUUCAGAAGUGUUUUGUCAGCUGUUAAGUGCUUUGAAAUUUCUGAGAUUGUGAAAUGUAUUAUAUAAAAGCCAAUUACUUUCUUAAAUGUAGUUCAAAGUGUAUAGAUAAGAGCAUUUGUUGAAAUCCUGCAAGCUGUCAGCGCUGGGAUUCAGUAACUGAUAGAAGCUUGGAGUUGAGAACUUGUUGCACAUUGGACUGAAGUAUCAGCACCUGCCAAAGUUCAGAGAGAUAUCGUGGAAACAAGGAUAGCUGUGUUGUUUGAGAAAUAAUCUUUCUGCUAACCUGAGAUUUGUCUGCAUUGUAUCAACUUGAUUUACUUAAUUUUUGAAAGGUGUUUUCUUUUCAGUUUCCAAAUUGACUGAAACAAAUCACAGCCAUGAAUGUAUGGAGCUUUCUCAACUGUAUUCUACUUAUGUUACUGAAGUGCACCAUUUUGACAAGUGCGGAACUAUCUGUGGAACUGAAAAAUGCCCAUCUACUAACUUCAAAGGAUUAUGCUCAUAUCAUCAAUAUGAAACAAGAAGGUGGUUUUCCAAAUGAUUGUUACGAAAUUUUUCAACAAUCAGAAGGUAAGGCUAAAGAUGGCCUUUAUAUCAUUCAACUAAUGAAGGAUUUUCUAGUUGUGUAUUGUGACAUGCACAGUGCAGAAGGCGGCUGGACAGUGGUCCAGCACAUCACUGCCAAUACUUCCUUGGAUUUUGACAGAACAUGGCAAGACUACAAGCAAGGAUUUGGGUUGGUUAAUGGCAAUCAUUGGCUGGGCAAUGAACUCAUGCACAGGCUUACUAGCAAGCCGGGAGCAUACAAAUUGGGAAUAAAGCUAAUUGGCAUGAAUGGUGAAAUGAAAUGGGGAGAAUAUGACCCAUUCCUUAUUGAACGUGAAGAAGCCAAGUACAAAAUUAGGCUUGGUCUUUAUCAAGGAACAGCAGCUGAUGCUUUGACACAAGAUACAGAAGCGUAUAUCCAUGAUAACCAAAAAUUCACCACAAAAGAUAGUGACAAUGACAACUACUUUCAGAACUGUGCUAAACUAGAGCUCAAUGGAAUUUCAGGUGGAGGAUGGUGGUACAAUGCCUGUGCUGGAGCCAACCUGAACAGAAGAAAUAUUCUAUACUGGCAAAAUGAUUGCAAUAAAGAAAAUCUGUGCAAGUAUGCAUGGAUGAUGGUAAAACCUAAUAACAAGCAAGGUAAAUGUAGUGAUAGCUCACAUGAUGAACUAUAAUUUUGGCAUAUUAAGCAAAACUGCAAAUCAAGCCAAAUUAUACUUUAAAUUGUCAUAUUUUCCCUAAAUAAAUGUUGCAUUUAAGUGCCAUUUGCUGUAAAAUUGCUAACAAAUACAUACCCAGUGCAAUUUGAACCAACAGUUUAUUUAUUACACCUCUUGCUUACAUGUAUAAACUAAGUUUUAUGGAAAAAAUUGAUAAAUCCUAUUCAAGACGUGACCCAGAUUAAGUGGAUCAGUGGGUCUGAACAUGGGUUGUUUCAUUUUUGGGAAUAUGAUUCAAAUUCAGCUCAGGUGAAGGGACAGAUUUCUUUGUUGGAUGUCUGUAACUAAAUUACAUUUGCAAUGUUUCUGAGAAAGACCAUCUGGCUGCCUAAUAUUCAAAGCUAACAUGGCAAGAGGAGUGAGUUCAGGUUGACUUUGGGGUUAGAGCAUGUUGUUGAGCAGAGUGAACUUUAUCUCCAGGUUAACAGAGCAUGUGUGAUGUUGAUGCUGGUUGGAAAAGGGAAUAUGAAUACUUCUUAACAAGUUCAAAACUUCACCAGCACAAAGAAAUAAAUAAAUUUCAGAAUCAAAUGCAAAUACUGACUGUGAAAUCCAGUGUUCAUGACCCAUAUAGAAAAAUAAAACAAGCUGAAGUAACCAAAGCAGAGGUUUUUCAAAAUGCAAUUCAAGGUCUCCACAAUCUUUGCUGUAUUUUCAGAACUGGAUUCUUCUCAGUUGUACAACCUGUAUCUCAUCGUUUAAUUAACACUUUUGAAGGACAAGCAUUUUUUUAAAUUGGUGAAGAGUUGAAUUCAAAUUAAAAAUCUAUUUGUUUAAGUUUCUUCAAGAAUAAUUGGAGCUGUAUUACAUUUAUCCUUUCUGUUUUGGCUUCUAAAUCUCCCCUGAAAUGGUAACACUAUUAAUAUCACUAUCCUGUACUGAAUCUGUAUUUACAAUCCAUCAAUAAAAUCUCUGAAGGACACCCAUUCUAUUGUAUUACAUUUAAGAUUGGUUUAGUGAGGAUCUUGUUGUAUGAUUCAUUAAGAACAGUGAAGUGAGCUGUUGAUACAUGAUUCCCCCAUUGUACAGACAAUAUGCAAAGACCUUCUGAUCUUAAAUUUUACUACUAUUGAAGCCAUUUGUUCAGCGACCUUUCCUCAUGCCUCUUCCCUCAGCACAUGCCCACUAUGUCAAAUAUGGCUUCCCUGCAGUUGCCUUGAACCCCCUUCACAGUCUCAUUUCUCUUUUACCUCCAACUGUGCCUUCUCCAGAAUAAUUUCAUCCAGCACAAGCUCCCUUGACCUCUUUCUCAGUAAAGUACCAAUCUUUCAACUUCCCUUGUUAGACACUAUGUUAGCUGAAGUUAUAAUUGGCUCCUUCUCCUUAGGAACCGCACCCAUUUCUUUCAACUAUUCUUCAAGAGAAAAUAAGAGCAAGUCUUUUAGUGUCGUAGUAGUAUCCCUACUUCUGAACUAGAGAUUUAAGUCCCACUUCAAGCAUCAUAGUGCUCCAAACAAAUUGAUCAUCACCAUAUGCAUAUGGUAGGCAGCAAGAGUCGGAGAAUUUUCACAUCUGCCAGGACAACAACUCCCCACAUUAAAAGACUCCACUGUUGCCAUGAGCAAGAAUCAUCCUCAUUCCAAGUGACUACUGCACAGACAUACAAAAGACAAUGUAAGAGCAAAGUACUGCAGGUGCUGGAAUCUGUACUGAAAACACAAAGUGCUGGAGAUCACAGAAGGUAAGGUGGCACCCAUAGGGAGAAAGCAAGCCAACAGUUCAAGUCUAGACGACUCUUCAUCAGACCUGACAUGAAGUGUGGAAAGGGCAGCAUUCAUGUAAUAGUGGUGGGGGAGAGAGGAUGUUGAUAGUUCAGAUUAAAUGAUCAGAAUGUGAGAACAGCAGAGCAAUGGUGUGUCUAAUCACCAGACUGGAAAGAUCACAGGACCACUGGACAGGCGGUGGGGAGAAGGUGAGAGAAUAUAUGGUGUCAGAGAAUGUUACAUGCAAAGCUAAAAGAAAGAAAAAGAAUGGGUUCACAAAAUACAAUAUUCAAUUCUAUGUCUUGACAAGGUAUCAUUUCAUCUCCAAAUUCUAAGUAGGAAGGUAGAUGACUGACGUGUAUAAAAAUGUUUCCAUGGGCAGUUUCAAUAUUGUAAGGCUCAAUCGCGGUAACGUUCACUUUUGAGUGAAGUGGGCAGAUGGUGACCGGUGCCAAUGCCCACUUUGCUGCUUGGCUGAAUAUCUCAAAUGGUUGUGUCAUAACUAUAGGGAAACUAUGAGCUCCUUAUAUUAUUGUUGGCAUCUAACCUGCAUGUACAAUGGAAAUACAACAAUUAGUUUUAUUACAUUUGCAACUUGGACCAAGAGAGAAACUAACAGGAUAAGAUUGUGCCUGUACUUAUGAGUAGCAUUCCAGCUGGACCCAGAAGCUCGGUGAAAAUUGUGAUGCUGUUUUGUUAUGGUCUUUCAGUUGUAUAGCCCACUGGGAAACAUUCAGGAGUUCAUGUAUAUUGAGUGCCUAAUUGGAUGUAAUAUCAUUCAUUCUUGAAUUAUACGCUGAUGUAAAUUAGUAUCAACAGGAGGCGAAUAAAGCAAUUAAAUUGUUCUGUAACCCUUUCUAAUUACAUGAACAAAUGCAUAAAUUGCAAAAACAAAUUUAUUUGUAGAUUGUACACACAUCACUAUGAACCAGGCAGAUUAUUAAACUUUGUUGGCAUCUGUAUGAAACACUUAUGGUGAAAUAAUUGCUUUAAUCAACACAAUAAUGUACAAGCAGUUACAUACCCACUGAAUGUUUGUAAUGCCAACAUUUUUCAAAUAAAAUCCAUCCAUUCAAUUUGUAAAUGAGUUCAACAUUAAUAGACAAAUUGUGGAUCAAUUACUUAGGUAUCCAACAAAAAACUUCAUAUGAGGGCUAAACAUUCAUUAUAAUAGUUAGCAUGUAAGUAGACCACUCUCACCAUAUAUGUACAUAUAUAUAUAGUUGCAGACUCUUCAAACAUAGCUGGUAAGUUAAAAAAACUGUCCAGAAAUUUGGAAAAGUACAGGCUUAAUACAAAUACAAUUUCCACUGACCAAAUAAGUCACAAGUAUCCUAAAUUUGAUUACAUUUUUUGUUAUGUGCAUGUUUCUAUUCUUCUUGAUUGUGGAAACCAUUAGAUGUGUGUAAGAGAGCACUCCCAUGCUGCAGAAAUAAAAUUACUCUAGUUUAAUAUUUGUGCAACAGAAGUAAAAUAAUAAUUUAUGCAAUUCAUGAAAUGAGAAUGAAUAUUAAAAUCUUUAUUCUGUGACAAAUCCUUGCUAAAAUACCUCUAGGUUGACAACCUUUCCAAGUAUAAAUGAUUUCUCAGUUGAACGGAGUUCAGUUAAAACUUUCAGGAUUCCCAACAUCAUCAUAUCCUUCGUAACUCAACAAAGUACAUAAUGGCAACAGGAGAAUGUGCUUUGUAUCAAGCAAAAGCAUUGGUAUCAAGGGCAAAAACAGAACAUCUGGGAAAGGGUCAGCUUGAUUUGGAGUAAGACAACACACUUUCAAUGAGCAAUUUUACAAAGUUAUAAACAGGAUGGUCAAGUGCUAUCUAAGUACGGAAUAAAUAUAUUCUUACUUUGUCACCACCAAUAUUUUUUGUGCUCAUGAAACUGAGGAAUCAUCUUGCUGAAGAAUGACAUAUUCUGCAUUUCUGGCACCAUCACAUCAACGAGGUCCUUCUGCUGGCCAGAUGUAAAGUUAAGCUUGUUCUAUGUGGCUUAAGAAUUGCUGUAUCAGGAGACCAUCCAUUUGGUAUCAAUGGGAU